UGCAUCUAACCAACAGAGCAACUAACACGUUGUGCGCUCUCUCUCUCGUAUCUCGCCUACAAUGCGAGCGUUUGUAGCGCCGACGAUCCUCUUCUCUAUUGUGAGACGGAGCUGCAGAGGUUUAGCUGUAGGCGCCUCGGCAGCAGGUAGACUGCCGGGCUGUCGCACAACUGCCUCCUCGUGCACCGUGAAGCGAGCAGCAUCAACGGAGACUGCUGCUACGUCGCUAUCGGGGUGGCCUCGAAGACUUGACCCGGACAAUUGCAAGGUUGCCGACAUCCGCCAGCAGCUUCGACGCAGGGGUUACACGCCACCGAGAGACAGACAGACGAAGGCGGCGCUGCUGGAAGAGCUGCGAGGCCUCGUGAGGGCCGAAGGCUUCGCGCCUCCGGACGCCGUUGUCAGAAAUGACACCGUGACAAGAGAGGGGCCGGAGGGAUCGGAAGGUGACGGCAAGGCGCAACAAAGGUGGAACCCCGAAGCCGGGUGGGUGGACAGAGCCACCAUGGAGAGGGGGGAGAGGGGCUACCCGCUGUGCCGUUUCUGUAACGAGGAGGUCCCCAGCGCGAGACGCACGUUCUGCUCGGAUGCCUGCGUGCACGAGCAUCGGAUCCGCACCCAGGGCUCCUACGUGCGCAAGUGCCUGCUGGUCAGGGAUGGCGGUCAGUGUGCCGAGUGCGGCGUCGACGCCGCGGGUCUGUACAAGCGCGCCCGAGCGGCGUGGAUUUGCGAGGGUUCCGUGGUUGUCAAGAGGGAGGCGGUAGCGCUGGAGAUGGUCGGGACCCCGUUCGAGGGAAAGAUGCCUACCAAAGGAAUGACGCGAAGACCUACACAGGGGAAGUUCUGGCACGCUGACCACAUCGUUCCGGUGGUGAGGGGUGGUGGGCAGUGCAGUCUCAAGAACUACCGCACUCUGUGCGUCCCCUGCCACGCGGCCGCCACGAAGAGGCUGGCAGGAGAGCGGGCGGCGGAGAGGGCUCGUGCCGCCGCCGCCGCCGCCGCCGCCGCCGCCGCCGCCGUCGCAUCGGAUAGUGUCGCCGGCACCGGUGCUGUUGUUGUGAAGAAAAAGCGCGGAAGGCCUAGAAAGAUAGUGGACCGAUAG